UCCAUCUUCCUCUCAUUCUCUUAACACCAUAUCAACAUUAUUUCAACAACAUACUCAUUUUAUUCAUAUUCUAAGUGUAUAUAUACAUACACAUUGUAAUUUGUGAUUACUAGUUUAACUGUUUAAGGCACAAGAGAGGAAGGGGUAUUACUAGCUUUUGAAAAUGGCAAGGAUUCCGGUGAGGUUUCAGAGGAUGGCUGCGGCGUUUGAAGCUGAUGUGGCGCGUGUGCGCCCCUGCGGUGAGAGCAGCGGGAGCGAGCACUCCCCGCCGGAGAGUGUAACUGAUUUGUCUGAUCUUGUGAAUUCCUUCAUGGAGAAGAAUGAGAGAUCGGCUGCUGCAGGAGAAGGUGGUGAAGAGGAAUUGGUUGAUGUCCGUCGUGAGGAAGAUAAUGAGAAGGGUGCAUGUGAUGAAGAAGAGGUUGAGAAAUUGGAGUGGUCUGAAUCUGAGAAGAGGGAAAUGUUGCUGGGUUUCUUUGCUGGGAAUGAAGAAGGUGAUGAUGAUGAGGAUGAAAGGGAGGCUAAAGAAACCAUUAAGGGAGAAGUUGAGUUUGCAUUGGGAAUUGUUGGUGACAGUUCUGUUCCUGGAUUCAAACGCCUUUUGAUGUCAAGAUUGAGGGAGAAAGGUUUUGAUGCUGGGCUUUGCAAAACAAAGUGGGAGAAAAUUGGAAGAUUAACAGCUGGUGAUUAUGAGUACAUUGAUGUCAAUUUUUCCGGAAAACGCUACAUUGUUGAAGUUUCCCUUGCUUCCGAAUUCGAAAUAGCUCGCGCCACACAUAAGUAUACUUCAUUGCUAGAUGUUUUCCCAGUGAUAUUUGUUGGUAAAGUGGAAGAUCUGAAGCGGGUUGUGAGGCUGAUGUGCAGUGCAAUUAAGGGAUCAAUGAAAAAAAGUGACCUGCAUUUACCUCCAUGGAGGAGAAAUGCGUACAUGCAAGCCAAGUGGUUUAGUUCUUACAAGAGAACAUCUAAUGCUGUUGCAAGCAGAAAAGCAACAUCAACUGUGUCUCCUGAUUCCUUAUUUCCUAAGAGGUCAAUUGGAUUUGAAGCAAGGCCUGUCAAAGCAUAUAACUGCAGAGAACAUUAUGUGAGCAAAACUGGGUUCAGAAUUGGCCACUUGACAGCUGCUUUUAAUUCUGAUAGCUUUGGUAUGCAAUUAUAGUUAGUUCUUUUUUGUAUAGAUGUGUCUUUUUUGGAGAGGUUGGAGUUGAUAAGUGUGAUAGUGCCUUAAGCACACAGGGCACAAAGUGCCUGAAAACAAAUUUUGGAUAAAUGCAUUUUCUAGGUAAAUGUAUCAUAGGCAAUUAAGGUUCAUUGCUAGCAAUUUUGUUUCAUCUGUUUGCAGUCAUUAUUGUAAAAGAGCAUU